AUGGACGCGUCCGCAGAGAGGAUGGUGGAGUUCGCCAUCGUCCCUAUCGAGACUCUUAUCGCCUGCAUACAAAUCAUCACCAAAGUGCACUCUAUCAUCGCCCACAGCACAUCUUCACUUGGCUUUUUCUCUAUCCCAGAUGUUAGCGAGAUGUUAGCGCAUUACAGGAAAGUGGAAGAGCUAGUGGAAUCCAAGGACACUGUCUGGCCGCUCAUUGUCAAAGAGCAAUCGCGCAUCUACGAAAACAUCACAGGGGUCGUCGAAACCGCGACCGAGUUGCUUUUGCGCUCUGCUUUCUCCGGAUCGUUCGCGGAACAUAGCAAGAGCCUCAAGAAGUAUCUCGAACCCCAGCGAAGCUUCUCAGCUAGCAGAUUGGCCGUACGUCGAGAUGGCACUGUCCUGAAGAGGAAAUGUAUCAUUGUGGAGCAGCGCAGGAUGAUGGACAUCUACAAAAAUGACGCCAAUCGACUGAAGCAGCUCGACCUUCAAUAUUACAUCAACAAAGACAAUUUCGAGAACUUCCUGAUGACAUUGGCCUGGGCGAGAGAGAAGCCUCUCAGGCGUAUGUUCAGCGAGGAGUUCAGUGGAACCUACUUGGAACACGAACCAGAAGUCCAGGACGAUCCAGCCUCCGAUCAUGUCAGUCUCGCCGACACCGAGUCCGUUGUCGACAUGCUCACUCCGUCGACCACUCGUAACACAUCGCCAGCUCUCACCGAGUUCCCAGCUGACGAUUCUAAAAACGACGACAAGAGCGGCUCUGCCACUGACUCCACUUAUGUAAGGGCCUUUGUACCACCGGACACCCGUAUUAACAAAGCCUUCUUCGUACUCUACAUCUCGGAAGACAAAGAUAAGCGGGUCAAGUUCAAGGUGAAUGAUGCUUGUCUCGAGCAAAUUAAAAAGGUCUACGGAGAGAAGGCCAGCAUGAUCGAUGUUGUAGAACUUGCGAUUCAGAUGGCAGUUCAAUAA